GAACUGAAGAUAACUAGUACGAAGCGAAGAGACCUUGUCUCUUCUAUCCUCUCACGGCAUCGCCGCCAUCCCUGCCCUUCUUCUCCUUGAACCGCUCAUCGCCGCAUCUCGGAUCGCCCGCUGCCGGAGAAGUUCCGGUGGAGAGCAAAGAUGGUCAAACCGAGUUCGGCAGCUGAGGUUAUUUAUGAUCCUUCUUUGUCCCAUGCUCGUCAAUCCCAUUCUAGGGCUUCUGCCGGUGAAUUCCAGAACUUUAUGUCAGGAAGUAUUGGAGCCAUGUACCAGAAGCCAAGUAGAAAGCCCAUAAAUCAAGAACUUGAUGUUGAGAAUGAUGAACUUGACAUAAGAAAAUUAAUGAAGGAUGUUGAGUAUAUAGGCUCCUCUAGUAUGAGCUGGAAGGAGAGGAAGAAGUUGCAAAAUGAGAAAGUAGUUGCUUUAGGUGGAAAGCCCACCAAGAAACAUCGUACACCAUUAAGUGUUGCAAAACCUGCUAUGAAGAACCAAAAGAAAAGAGAACAAAGGGAAAUGGAAGAGAAUUUGCUGCUCGGUCGGUUUAUCAAACGUCCCAAGAACAAUAUGACACAGAAGCGAAGACCAGAGGACAGAGUGCUGAAGUCAAGUAUUGGUAAUUUCUCCAGAGGAGUGUUGGAUGUGAAGGAUAUGCUAAAACCCACACCAUCCAAAGGCCAUCAUGGUGAAUCCAGGUCAAGCAUAGAAGGAAAAAAGAAAGGCAAGAGGAAAGGUAAAGGGAAAAAGGGUAAAAGAAAGGGACGUUAAGGUGGUGCCUGUGUCAUUUGGUUGCCUGGAUUUAGUUUCUAGAUUUUUGUAGGUUAAAAAUUACAUCUUGCUUUCAGCAGAAAAACUAUUUUUUUUUUUACAGGAAACUCAGCACAUUUAUAGGCAUUUGCUAUUGAUUAUUACUUUUAUCAUCUUGA